AUGGCGAUCCAAAUUCCUAUCGAGGUCAUCACCUCGCGAUUCGGCGACCGUUUCAACAGCCUUCGCAGCCAGUCCAUGGGCUCCCGCUUCGCCAAUCUGCGUCCCAUCUCUGAAUUCUUCGAUCUCAAGCGUUUGUCCAAGCCAGCCAAUAUUGGGGAAGUGCAGAGCCGUGUCAACUACAACCUGGGCUAUUUCUCCAGCAAUUAUGCCGUGGUCUUUGUGAUGCUGAGCAUCUACAGUCUGUUGACCAACUGGCCGCUGAUGUUUCUGAUCAUGCUGGUUGCUGUUGGUCUCUGGGGAAUCGGCAGGCUCAACGGUCGUGAUCUGGACCUUGGCUUCCGUCGCUUCAACACCUCUCAGCUGUACACGAUCAUGGUCUGCAUCGCGGUCCCCUUGUUCUUCUGGGCCUCCCCGAUCGGCACCUUCAUGUGGCUGAUUGGUGCGACCGGUGUCACCGUCUUUGGCCACGCCGCCAUGAUGGACAAACCAAUCGAGAAUGCUUUUUCCGAGGAGGCGGUCUAG